AUACGGGCGAGAACGGUCCAUUACUUGUGACAUUUUAGUUAUUAAAACGUCUUAAAUAACAUAUUUUAACAGUUAUGUAAUACAACUAUUACUCUGUGAGUGGUUAAAGAUGUAAAGAUGUAACAAUACAAGCUUUUUACUAUGAGUUCUACGGCUUUUAUUUUAGAUUAAACAACCGGAACUGGCGUUUCGCAUUCGCGCUAGUUUAACGGUGGUCCGCUCAGGCCCAGUCAAAACAAAGCGGUGGAAGUGGCCUGUCGCGUUUAGCUUUAAACACUGAAAACAAACUGCGAAGUGUGGGGAAAAAUCGCCGCCUGGUGUUUUCAUUUGGCCGAGGUUUAAUCGCCCCCGCGGUCAGUUUUGUCCACGGUAAAGCCUCCUCUCCCCCCCGGUGGGUGUUGUUUUUCUCUCGGUGGCGGUUGGAGAUGUAAACGGCUAACGGGCGUCAGUUGCUCGGGAGAGGCUGAGCAAAGGUAACGUUAGAAGAGGAGCGGGGGUCGAAGUUAAAGACGGAGGCGGAUUAAAUAACCUCCUGGUCGGUAGCAUGGUGGAGUAGGCGUCGAAGCUCUCGGGCUCCAGCGACGACGGUUCGCUCUCACCGGGGAGGUUCACCAUGGCCCCGGGCUCUCUGGUGGCGGCCUGCCGCAGCCUGGCCCUUUCUACGUGGCUGCUCUCCUUCUGCUUCGUCCACCUGCUGUGCCUGGACUUCACCGUGGCCGAGCGGGAGGAGUGGUACACCGCCUUCGUCAACAUCACCUACGUGGACCCGGCCACCUCGGAGCUGCGCACCGAGAAGACGGAGUGCGGGCGGUACGGGGAGCACUCCCCGAAGCGGGACGCCAAGGGGUUCGUGGUUCAGCCUGUGGCCCCGCACGACCGCCAGGCCUGCGACCCCAACACCCGGUUCGCGAUUCCCGCACAGCCCGGGGCCUGGGUGGCGCUGAUCGCACAGGGAAACUGCACCUACAAGGACAAGAUCCGCCACGCAGCAGCCCUGAACGCCUCGGCCGUGGUCAUCUUCAACGUGGGGUCUGCUAAUGCUAACGAGACCAUCACGAUGCCUCAUUCAGGUACAGGUGAGGUGGUCGCCAUCAUGAUCCCGGAGCCAAAAGGCCGCGAGGUGGCGUCACUGCUGGAGCGUAAUGUGACGGUCACCAUGACGAUCACCAUCGGGACGAGGAACCUGCAGAAGUACGUCAGCAGGACGUCGGUGGUGUUCGUGUCCAUCUCCUUCAUCGUGCUGAUGAUCAUCUCCCUCGCCUGGCUCGUCUUCUACUACAUCCAGAGGUUCAGAUACGCCAACGCACGGGACAGGAACCAGCGUCGUCUUGGUGAUGCGGCGAAGAAGGCCAUCAGUAAACUGCAGGUUCGCACCAUCAGGAAGGGCGACCAGGAGACGGAGGCCGACUUCGACAACUGCGCGGUCUGCAUCGAGGGCUACAAGGCCAACGACGUGGUCCGCAUUCUGCCCUGCAGACAUUUGUUCCAUAAGAGCUGUGUGGAUCCGUGGCUGUUGGAUCAUCGCACGUGCCCCAUGUGCAAGAUGAACAUCCUCAAAGCCCUGGGCAUCGCCCUGAACGCAGACUGCCUGGAUGACCUGACGCUGGACUACGACCUGGCCCUAGGCGGCGUAGGUGGGGUGGGUGGCGUCGGGGCACUGGCCCUGGAGGCUGUGGUGUCCGGGGCCUCCAGUGACGGCACGCUGAGCGAAGGCGGCUCCUCUGUGGUGCUGGAUCCCGGCGUGCGACGGGUGGGCCUCCCACAGGACUACCAGGACCCCGACACCCUGAGAGACAGCCCUGUGACGGCCACCACCGACACACACACAGGUGAGCUACAGCCAAUGGCGAGCAGCGCCUCGGCGGCAUCCUUGGUCAUCACGGUGGAAACGGGUCUCUCAGACGAGGAGGGGUCCAUGGAACAGUCUCAGCUGGCGGAAAAGUCCUGAGAGGAGCCUAACAGAGCCAGACCACAACCCGGGUCAAAACUGACUCCGCUCAGCUUUGGAUUUGUCAGUGGACCCGAAGCUCCCGAAGAACGACCUGACUGAAACCAGAUCUGAACCAAACCAACUUGCCUGCACCCCUAGGUGCACUCGAGCCCAGCUAAAAGCAGGAUCUAGACUUUGCUUUGACGUAGUGGAAUAUAAACAUGCGUGUUGGUUUUGAUCAGGAAACUGACUGACCUGGUUUGGCUUUGUUUCCGGCCUCCUCUUGGACACUUGGUGAGGUUGAACCCAGGACCCGACCUGGGCCAACAUGGAUGUUACCCGGCGUGUUUACGUUGGUCUGACCCCCUCGGCUCUCCUCGGUUCGACCAGGCGUUUUUUCCAACGUUAAACUGGGAUAUAACUCCAUCUGCCUGUCUGUCGUCGCUUCGUGCAGAUGUCUUAAUCAGCCCACAUCUGUCUCAGUUCACGCUGUUGCUAGAAAUAGACGAGGCUUCCUUUGGUCCUGCCCACCUUUCAUUAUUCCUGACAGACUUUCAAAUCUUGUGAUACUCGUCUCGUCGACAUCUGUUUCCUCUUGGACUGUCGAAGGGCAGAUGGGAUUCAGAGUCCUCCACAAGACACAUUUAUACUCGGAGAACACGAGGAUGAUCUGAAAGUCUCCUCGUUGCUCAUGUGAAACAGGGUAGAACCUGAGAAAGCCAGCUGCCAAAAGAAAAAGCGCUCCUCAAAGGUCAAUAUUCUCCUCCAUCAGGAAUGUAGAUCUACCUGUUUCUACUUCAGUAAGGAUUGCUCUCAUCUCGGGACCCUUGUGGAAUAUUCUGUUACCUGGUUUUUCCAGGUAGAGAUCUAGAAACUGUGUCUGUGCUGCGUAUCCUGGUCUGGAUUCGUACUCUCUGGUUUAUUUUUAGCUCAUUUUGAUUUGCCAGGUGCUGCUUCUUGAUGUGUGUGAUGUCUGUAGUGAUUAGCUGGAAGACUUCUAUUUUGAAAGGACAGAACAGCUACACUGGCCAAUUUUUUUUUUUUUCUAUUGUUUCUGCUGAAUCGGUGGACUCGUCGUGACAGUAUUACAGCUACACUUUAACUGCAGUAUUAAAUCGCAACUACACACAGUAUUUUCUUUUCUCUUUUUUCCGGUUUGUGUAGUUCAAGGUUCCUUUAUCUUUUCAGUACUCAGUAUUUGCUUUGAAUCAUUUCUGUCCUUGAAUUUAGUUCCAGACAGGGUUCUUAUGUGUGUCUGGAAAAGUAGUGACAAUUAGAAAUGACUGUUUGCAGGGGUGUACACUAUAUUAUAAGGUAUAAGAAAGGUUGACUUUAGGUAUAAAAUUAGUGGAAAAUCAUGCAGCUUGGGUCUUAAAACAAACUAUUUUUAAACUAACUUGUUUCUCUAUAGAUAAAAGCAUCCGUAACGCUGGGCAGAGACUGCAUGUUUUUAUUCAUCUUGUACAUUUUGUUAAGUCACAUUACAUGUUUUAAUUGCCCUUCCUGCUCGCCCCCAGUCGGUUUUGUCCAGCGACAGUUCCAGUAAAGUUUAUACAAAAACUCCACAUCUGCCGCUGCCGCAAGAAGUGUGAUUGGUCGGCUCUGUAGCGUUGCAUUUCCGGCUUGUCCCCCUUCUUCUGCCUAAACCGGUUCAAGGGUCAUGCAUACCAUCUCCUUCGACGCCUUGUCUCUUUUCUGCGUUUUAGUAAUUUCACUAAAAGUAACUGCUGAUCAUCUCAGUUUCAGUCGCCAUUGUUUGUAGUAUCCUACACCAACGUAGAAGAAGAAGAAGCAGCUCAACACAGCAGAACAUUAAAAAACAGAUGGUAUAAUUGCAGAGUGCCGCAGACACCAACACACAAGUAUAAAUACUCACGACGGGACAUGGCUUACGCGGUCGGCAAGUUCAUAGACUCGACGAAGAAGCAUAGAAGUCCUAAACAAUUUUAACAUAAAGAGAGAUAAGCAGCGAUUUCUACUCUGAACAGGAAGUAAGAAUAUAGAUAGUCUGGCCUUUCUGUUCUGUACAGUUUUAAGACUUCAGCUUUAGCCACAACAGUAAUAUGAAAACGAGUUGAAAUGAGUCUGGGGUUACCAAUUUAGGGUAAAAAUCGUGCUUAAUGCGUCCAGCGUCUGCCUGGUUUACAGGAUAGAAACAGUUUCCUCAUCAGUCUUCCAUCGUGGGCGUCUCUCCUGAGUCGUAACGUUCGGUAAGUGUUCUCACGUGUCCUCCGUUAAAAUGCCAUGUAGGAACCCUGUCCAUAGUGCUGCCUUGUUCUGUUCUACUGUUCGUCUGCCUGACCACACGUGUCCGUUACCGUGACCAUGCUGCCUUUUUUAAAAAGCAUAUUUACCGUUUUAACCCUGACAAUCAAGGAUCUGACCUUUUACUUGCCAGUCAGGGAUCUUUUCUCUGAGCAAACCUAAGAAAGAUGUGAGCUGCCAUUACCAUUUCCAGACUUUAAAUUAACGCCACCAAACUGAGCUGUGAGAGCCGGACAAAAAAGGCGCCCAAGUUACUGAGACGCAGAAAUACAUUCAGAGCUGUGGACAGACUGGGUUUAGCCAAGACUCCUUCCCUGCUUCAGUGAGUGUAGUUAAGCUCAAAGCAUGUAACUAUAAAAUGUAUAUUCUACAAGUUCUACCACACCACGUGACAUUGCCAAACUGGCGUGCAGACUGCAUAGGGCUGAGGUCGCAUCGUGGCAUUGCCGGCGCCACGAGCAUCAUGACACUAAGAGAGAUAAAGAUUGUCGUCUAUUUUGAUACCAGAGGAGACGUUUAUUUUUGUAACGACGUAGCAAAGACUGAUUCCCUCCCCUCAUGACCCACGGCCUGGUGAGUCUCAGUGCGACUGAGUAUUGAUCGGGCGGAUGUAAAUGUUGUUUAUUUGUGUAAAUGUACGCACAGAACGUAAAAAGGACCUUGACAAUAUGAACCUAAACUAUUGUAAGUCGGUCCCGCAAACAUUUGGGAUCUGAUUGUUUGUGUAACUUGCCGAAACCUGAGAAUUGAACCCAAGUGAAGGAACUGGAGAACGAACGCUGUGCUGUUUCCCAUCUCUCUCUUUUGGUACUAAUGUCUGUUAACAGCAUACAAAUCACAACAUUUGACUUCUGAAAGUGGACAUAAAACAAUAUAUUCAAUGUGUUCAAGACUGUUUAAUGGCCUUGCAUGUACAUAGCAUUGUUUUUCAGAUUAAAACAAAAGUGCUGGACAUGCAAAGCAAAGCAAAUCGUACACUUAGCCUUUAAAAUAUUCACAUUGGUACCAAACUGUGAAGAGUUCGACGCAGUACUCGAGAGACGAGAAGCAUUUUUAAGUUUCUUCUUAUUAAGUUUCCUUAUCUUUCCUCUCUACUUGCAUUUCAGUUUCAGGACUGAGAAACAGCCAAGUUACUAAAUAUUUGAGAAACACUAGUUGAUUUAAACUGAACUGGUAAAUUGGUGGCGAGCAUUAUUUGCUAUAAUAUAUGAAGAUUGUGUGUAUUUGUAUGCCUUGUCUUGGCCAAUUUCCAGUGAACAGUGUUUUAGUUAAAGUCACUUCCUUUGUGUUUAUAAGCUUUAUUUUCAAGGGAUUUAAUUUAGUAUAAUGUUAUUUUCACAUUUGCACUGUUUCAUUCUCUUUCUUUUUAAAUGUGGCUGCAAUUCUUCUGCUGCAGUAAUGAAAGUGAACUGAACUCACCCCUCCAGAAUCCAUUUCUGUUGUUCUGUUAGUAGAGACUGAGGUUGCUGUGGCAUGUCGGUCCUCCAAAUGCUGUUUAGUUACCAGCAGAAAUGUGUCCGUAACUACAAGUGUCAAAAACUGUCAAAUGCAGAACGCUGUCAUUGAAUGUCUGGUCAUAUUCAUAAUUUCUGUACGUUCUCCUAAUCAAUGUUUCAGGCUGCUUUAUUUUGACAAUUUCUUUGGCAUUGGUACUAAAACUCAUGUAUCAUAUCAGUUAGUGGCGAAACAUUUCAAACAAAUCUCAGUGUAGGCCAAUGAUAAACCUUUUGGGCAGGCGAGUUAUAGGUUAGAUUCGGUAUUUUUAAACCUGGGCCCUAUUUUCUCACAUUUCUGUGUUGAAAUGAAAAGUACAAAACGUUUUGGAAUCAGUUAGAACAAUUGUUGAAUGAAUCACCAACUAUUUUGAUCGUCGAUAGUCCUAAUUUUAAAGAAUGAAAUCAGACCAUUUGGAAGCCAAUCGAUGAUGAAAGUAAUCGCUAGAUGUUGCUCUAGAAUCCGUGCAGUAGAUGGCUUCAGCCAGCAGCCGCAAACCUUACUGAGGUAUUCCUUCGGGCCAACAGCGCCUGUCAAAAUGGCAGAAAGUUGUGCUUUGUGCCACCGACAGGCUCGGGCUGUUAUACGAAGUGUCUGACAACAUCAUGGAAAGGAUCCCUACAAGUGACUCCUGGUGACACCCUUUUGUUUUUAACAAAGUCUCCUCAAGGACAAUUAUCGCUCUGAAAUCUCGUGAGAGGCGAGUUGUUGCAAGAAGACGAGGGAGAGGGGGAACUGCUCGCAAGACUUUAUUCCCAAACAUUAAUGUUCCUAACUUACCUUUCCUCCGGCGUCCUCCUGCAACAACUCGCCUCUCACGAGAUUUCACAGCCAGAACUUUCCUUGAGCGAGACUUCAGUUUGUGGCUAAAAAAUCAAAGAAUCAUGCGUAGGUAUUCUUUCCAUGAUGUUUUCAGACACAUGGUGUAACAGUCUGAGCCUGUUGCGGCAAAAAAGCACAUAGUUGUCGACGCCAUCUGGACAGGCAAAAUUGCCCUGAAGGAAUACGUUACAGUCACUGCCGACUGAAGCCAUCUACUGCACAGAUUUCAAAAAAUACGUAAAUGACUCUUGAUGUAUUCCUGCUCUUCCUUCAUAACUUUAAGCUGUUUUAACAUGUUAGUUAUCAUGCAGGAAGUAAUUAGAAGGCACGGUGACUGGAGCCUGUUCUCCUAGAGUUCUUUUGGAGAAGUUUAUUGCUGUCAUCUUCAGAUGAAAGUGAAAGGAAACUGGGAAACCUUUUAACACUUGAACACGCCAGUUUUUUAAGAUUGUCUUUACGAAGCUGAAAAACGGACACUAAAAGUAACGACCCCAGGUUUAGCCGGAGAGUCUUCGUUAUUAAUAAUCAAUUUUCGUAAAUUUCACGUGGGACUCUCGUGUCACUGCCUGUAAUGUCGUCUGAUUGGUUCUUUGUUUUUUUUUCCAGUGGCUGUUUUCCCUGGACGCUGUGUUUUGAUUGGUUGCUCGGCCUCUUUUGUUGAUGCACUUUAAUUCUGUUUCUCUAGACGUUUCUGGAAAAGUCUCUUCUCGUCUCUCGCAUUCCCUUCAUACUUUGCAUUUGCAAUUUUACUUUUGUUUUCCCUUCUACUCUUUCCCCGCUCUCCACUUUCAUUUUAAUUUUCUGCCUCCUCCUUACUUCUCUAUCUGCUGUACUUCACUCCUCUUUUCUCUGGUCAUCUUUUCCGCUUCGGUUUUUGUUCCCUUUACAGUUUUUUUUAAAUUCUUUUUCUUUUUGUAUUUUCCCUCAUCUUCCCUGAGGAUUUCUGUGUUGGAACUGUCUAGGAUUGUUUAGACUGUGUUGAAAAUGUUGUGAAUUGGAUUGAGAGAGGGGGGGAAAAAAGUUCAUGCUCCAUAUUAAACUACAAAUAGUUCAUAUUUGUAGAUCCAAUGCCAUAUAUUUUGCCAUACAUUGUAAUUUGUGUUGUAGUUUCUGAUCCUAAAGCAGCGGAGCCCAAAAUCCCACUGGGAUUAUAUGUUUUAAUCCUAAAUUUCUGUCAUCUGGCUAAGAAAGGAGAACAUACAAAGCUGACACACAGCCUGCUUGUGGAUAGAUUUAAAUACAUUUCAGCAGUAGUGCUAGUGUUGCAUUAGCAUUUAAUCACGGUUAUAGAAGAGGAAAUCAACGGCAAAGAAAAGAAAGUAAAAGAAGGAAAAUAAAAUUUCAGAUCCUUCCAGAGAGACAAUGCAUUAGUAGCCACGUUAACCCCUCUGCUACCAUGAUAAGGGUGUUGUGUGUUUCUACAGUUGUUAAUUGUUUUACAGAGCGUCUGUUUAUGUGGUUGUCCUGUGCACGCAAACACAAAAAUACUACAUACACGUGUAAAUACAAGGUGGCAUGACGCCAUGUUGUUUCUGUGUUUCAGUUGUUGCACGUGUUCUGUUUCAGGACAGAAAUUUAAAUAAAACUUUAUCGCAA